AUGGAUAGCAAUCAACCCUCGACGGAAGACCUACAAUCGCAGGAUGAGAAACCUAUCGAGGACCCAGAAUCAGGGGAAAAUAGUAUUGAGACCGAGAAGCGCGUUACUCUCGAAGAUCAUGAGAAUCCAGAAAACUGGUCGUCCCUGAAGAAGUCCUACUACAGCCUGGGCGUCGGUCUGGCAUGCUUCUCAGUGACAGUCGCCGCAUCUCUAAUCACGCCCGGAACCCAAGAGAUUGAAGAGAAGUUCCACGUCGGAGAAACGCCAGCGAUUCUGUCGCUCACACUCUACCUGUUGGGAUUGGCGACGGGGCCUAUCAUCGCAGCUCCCAUAUCCGAGAUUCUGGGUCGUGCGGCGAUAUACCGCAUACUGCCGCCGAUAUACAUGCUGUUCACUAUGGGAGUGGGCUUCGUCAACACUUUCGGCGGAUUGCUGGUGCUUCGUUUUCUCGCGGGCAUGGCGGGCUCGCCGCCGCUGGCUAUGGGAGCAGGGACGAUUGCGGAUAUGUAUCCUCCCAGUCGAAGAGCGGCGCCUUUGUGCGUGCUCAUAUCGACACCGUUCUUGGGUUCAGGAUGGACACAAUGGUGUUCGAUCUUCAUAGCCAUCGCGACCUACAUCUACACCCUUCCCAUGGGCGAGACAUACCAGAGAGCACUGCUAAAGCGGAAGGCAAAGCGCCUGGGCAUUGCGACGAAUGAACCGCCUUUGAAAGACUUGCUGGUCCAGCUGCUGCAUGUGACGCUGUUCCGGCCAUUCAAGAUGAUUUUCACGGAGCCGAUAGUCCAGGUCCUGACCUUUUACAACGCGUUUACUUUCAGCGUGUUGUUCACGUUCUUCGCGGCAUAUCCCUACGUCUUCGGCAAAGUCUACGGCUUCAAUAUCUGGCAGAGUGGCCUGACGUUCCUUGGGAUUGGCGUGGGCGUUGUUCUCGCAGGUAUAACUGGCGUCCUUGUUGAUCGAUACAUGUAUCAGCCUCGAUACCGACAAGCUCUCCUUGAGGGAAAGCCCGGUCUGCCGCCGGAGUACAUGCUGUACUCCUCCAUGCUGGGUACAUUUGCGAUACCUGUGAGUCUCUUUUGGUUCGCCUGGACAGCUCGAGGUUCUGUCCAUUGGAUCUCUCCCACGAUUGCUGGUGGACUGUUCUCCUGGGGUAGCGUCACAGUCUUUCUGUCCGCUGCGAUGUACCUCAUCCAUAGUUAUGGCCCAUCGUACGGUGCCUCUGCCAUGGCGGCUAACGGGAUUGGCCGCUAUUUCAUGUCGGCCGGGUUCCCGUUGUUCACUAUUCAGAUGUAUGAAACUUUGGGCAUAGCGUGGGCGACGAGCUUGUUGGCAUUCAUCGCCGUUCUUCUGGUCCCGAUACCGUUUAUCUUCUUCAAGUUUGGCCCGGCUAUCAGGCGCAGGAGUCGCAUGAUCCAGUGA